AGCGUAGGCCUAAGGUUUAUUUAACAUUCAGCAGAGCCUCUGUAUUGCAGAUACUUUACAUAUGAUUUGCAUUUUACGUAUGAUUUACAGAAGCGGGGUUUGGUUUGGACCGUAGUGCCUCCGCAAAGACCCUCUGGUAGCAGCACAAUCGGAACCAGUUCACCCACACAGCAGUGCACCUCUAAGCACGAAAAGGUUCAGCAGGCUCACCAUUUCCGGUUCUCCCAGACACCCAAUAGUUUGGCGAGCGGAACGGCUCAGGAAGUGACGCAAUCACAAGGGAGGUCUUUUCCGGUUCCGGUUUGGCGGGCUCCAGUGUGGCGACAUGAAACUGCUCACUCACAAUCUUCUGAGCUCGCAUGUGCGGGGGGUGGGGCCCCGUGGCUUCCCCCUGCGCCUCCAGGCCACCGAGGUCCGCGUCAAUCCAGUGGAGUUCAACCCAGACUUCGUGGCGCGGAUGAUCCCCAAAGUGGAGUGGGCGGCACUUCUGGAGGCGGCCGAUACCCUGCACCUGGAGGAGGUGCCACGCCAGCCGACGGAGGGCUAUGAGCAUGAUGAGGACUUUCUGAGGAAGAUGCACCACGUGUUGCUGGAGGUGGAGGUGCUGGAGGGCACCCUGCAAUGCCCAGAGUCUGGACGUCUGUUCCCCAUCAGUCGCGGAAUCCCCAACAUGCUGCUGAAUGAUGAAGAGACGGAGAACUGUGACAGACACCAAUCAACUUGACGUUUUGUGUUCCCAUCAAUAUUUGAUGGAUGUUAUUUUGUCAUGCUUAACCCCAAACCUUGACCCAGUGACACACCAAACACAGUGUUCUUGAGCUCCAUAGUAUAUCUUUUUUUUCUCUUCUCUCUCUCAUUAAAGGUUCAAAACCAAAA